UUAUAUUAUUAUUAUACAACAAAAAACAAUUAAAAAAAAAAAAAACAACCGGCGAAUCCAACUACAAAUCUCGCCGGUGAUCUCCGACGACCAACAAUUCCGAUCUCCAACAUACAAAUUACAAAACAUCAAUUUCCACAUCUUAUUAUCAUAAUUUUUUAACUACAAUUUCAAUUUCCAAAUGCCACCACAGCUUUUAUAAAACAUAUAUAUAUAUAAUUAAAAUAAUAUAAAAUGCAAUCACAAAUUUCCGGCAAGACACGUCAGCUUCUUCUUCUUAGAAGAAGAACAGCAGCAGCAGCAGCUUUUAAUAAUUAUAAUAAUAAUAAUAUUUUUUCUCAUUCAUUUCUUUUAAGAAAUUUUGCAGAUGAUGAUGAAAAUGUACACAAUUGUCAUUCCGUUAGACAUUUCUGGAGUAAACCUAACUGUUUUUACAGACAUCCGUUUAUUUCGGAUUUCGGUCGUUGUCAUUUCUUGAAUAAUAAUUAUAAAUAUGGUUAUAUGCCUAAUGGGUACGCUUCAUUAACAACAUCCAGCGGCGGUGAUGCAAAGGAUUCAAAGCAUACAAAGAAAAGUGAAGAAACGAAUCUUGUUACAAAAGGAGAGGAAAUCAAUAAUGCUAAAAUUCUUACUACACUUGCGAAGUACUUGUGGAUGAAAGAUAACACGGAGUUCAGACUUAGAGUGCUCACUGCUAUGGGAUUCUUGGUUGGAGCCAAAGUAAUGAAUGUUCAAGUUCCCUUCUUGUUCAAGCUAGCCGUUGAUUGGUUGACAACAGCAACAGGAAAUCCAAGUUCACUUUCAGAGUUUGCAGCUGCGCAUUCAACAGCUCUGGCCGUUUUUGUGAGUCCAGCAGCUGUAUUGAUUGGUUAUGGGAUAGCACGAACAGGGGCUUCUGCUUUCAACGAGUUGCGAACUGCAGUGUUUUCUAAGGUUGCAUUGCGGACUAUUAGAUUGGUGUCAAGAAAGGUGUUUACACAUUUACACCAGCUUGAUCUGCGGUAUCAUCUUAGCCGAGAAACAGGUGCUCUAAAUCGCAUCAUUGAUCGUGGUAGCCGAGCUAUUAACUUUAUCCUCUCAGCCAUGGUAUUUAAUGUUGUACCAACUAUAUUAGAGAUUUCUUUGGUAUCUGGUAUACUUGCGUACAAUUUUGGAGCACCGUUUGCAUGGAUUACUUCUUUAUCAGUUGCUGCAUACGUUACCUUUACAUUGGCCGUGACACAAUGGAGGACUAAAUUCCGGAUGGAUAUGAACAAAGCGGAUAAUGAUGCGAGUACACGAGCAAUUGAUUCACUUAUUAAUUAUGAGACUGUAAAGUAUUUCAACAAUGAGCAAUUUGAAGCUGAGGAGUAUGAUAAAUAUCUAAAACGGUAUGAAGAUGCUGCCUUGAAGACACAACGCAGUCUUGCUUUUUUAAACUUUGGGCAAACUCUGAUUUUCAGUACAGCUCUCUCAGCAGCAAUGGUACUGAGUUCAGAUGGUAUUAUGAAUGGUGUGGCGACUGUCGGUGAUUUGGUUAUGGUAAAUGGGCUUCUCUUCCAGCUGUCUCUUCCACUCAACUUCCUUGGCAGUGUUUAUCGCGAAACUGUGCAGAGUCUUAUUGACAUGAAAUCCAUGUUUCAGCUGCUUGAGGAGAAAGCAGAAAUCAGAGAUGAAGAAGAUGCAAAGCCUCUGGAGUUGAGUGGGGGUAGCGUUGAGUUUGAAAAUGUUUAUUUCAGUUAUCUGACAGAAAGAAAGAUUCUUGAUGGGAUAUCUUUUGUUGUGCCAGCUGGGAAAAGUGUGGCUAUUGUUGGAACUAGUGGCAGUGGGAAAUCAACAAUCCUUAGGAUGAUCUUUAGGUUCUUCGACCCGCAAUCUGGCACGGUGAGUAUAGAUGGUCAGGAUAUACGAGAGGUGACACUAGAAAGCCUUAGGAAGCAUAUUGGUGUUGUUCCACAAGAUACAGUAUUAUUCAACAAUACAAUAUUCCACAACAUUCAAUAUGGUUCUCUAUCAUCUACCCCUGAGGAGGUAUAUGAUGCUGCCCGAAAAGCAGCAAUUCACGACACCAUAAUGAAAUUUCCUGAAAAAUAUUCCACGCUUGUAGGGGAGCGUGGUCUUAAGCUUAGUGGUGGUGAAAAGCAACGAGUAUCAUUAGCUCGUGCGUUCUUGAAAGCGCCUCCCAUUUUGUUGUGUGAUGAAGCGACAAGUGCUCUAGAUAGCACAACAGAAGCAGAGAUACUAAGUGCACUAAGGUCACUCGCCAAUAACAGAACAUCCAUCUUUAUCGCUCAUAGACUUACAACUGCAAUGCAGUGUGAUGAGAUUAUAGUUCUGGAAGGUGGCAGGGUCGUAGAACAAGGUCCUCAUGAAGUUCUCUUGGCUAAUGCUGGUCGAUAUGCACAACUCUGGUCUCAGCAAAAUAGUACCAUUGAUUGACUUAACGGCAUCAUCAAAAGAUUUGAAAGACGUACGGCUAACCUAUCAAAACUAGAUGGUUUUGCAUUCUUUCAUAUUAUAGUCAUUGAUCGUGCUACCAAAAUAAGGUAAGGGUGGCUUUGAAAGAGUCAUCAGCCGAGUCACUUUCCUGUUGUGUUAUAGCCAACGCGUGUGCGGUGUGUGUACCAAAAUAAGGUUCUAGGGAAUAAAGACAAGUUGUAACUUGUUUAGGUCAUUGUAUUUUAUGAUCUUGAUAUUGUUUGCAUAUAAAACCUCACAAACAUCAUAUAUUGAAAUGCAGCCAUUGCAGACAGAA